AUGGGCAAACUCGAGGGCAAGUUGAGAAGCGAAGUCGACUGGAACAGCCCGGAAAUGGAGGCAGACGCGGAUGUCAAAUACAGGGCUGUGAAUUUUCUCCGGUCGCUUAUCGAAGAGGCCAAAGUUGACAAGACAAUACUGAUUUUCGCGCACGGUUUCUUGUUGAAAAUGCUCUUCAGACAUUUUCUUGGACUCAAGAACUUCGACUUUGGCGAGUUCAAAGCAGAAGCUAAGGAGACAAUGAAGAAUACGGCAUUCCAUCAUAUUGUCAUCAAAAAGACCUCUGGUUGGAUCGAAUCGAAGAGAUACGGGAGAAUGAGAGCUUGGGAAGGGCAAGCAAUUGCAGUUAAUAAUGCCAAGCAUUUAGAAGAAGAACAAUAA